AAUCACUGCAAUUAAAUCAACAAUUACAGCAAUUACAACAUCAUACACAUCAGCGAAAAAUAUCACAACCGGAAUUUUUAACAAAAUCAAAUUGUGGUGGGCCACCCAGUAACAUGCUACAUCAACGUAAAGCAUCUCAACCUGAAUACUUAUUAAUGGAGCAAUACACACAAUCGACAUCAUCAGUAGCGGAGCGUGCACAAAUGUUUAAACAGGCACAAGCGACAGUAGCGGCUGCUCAGCAACAACAUCAACGUAAGAAAUCACAGGGUGAUUCAAUAAUGUCACAGGAGCUUAGACAAAUUGUUGGUCAAAAUCGACAGUUAUUUACAGCGAAUCAACCAACUUUUCAAUCAUUGCCACCCACUGGAUCAUCGAAGCCAAAACAAAUGUUGGCUGUGGCACCAACUCAACAAUUCACCUCGGCCGAUGAAAAAUCCACAAAUGUUCCACCAAAAGUAGUGCAACCAUUAAUUUCACAUGGACAGUUUCAACAAAAUACGAAAAAAUUAGAAGAAUUACUAGCGCAACGUGUUGAAAAAGAGAAACAAUUGAAAUUACGUAAAAGUGGAAUUAAUGUGGAUCCAGAUGAGAUCGAACAGAAAAUUAAUGUGCAAAAACAGAUACAACAAAAAUUGCAAGCGGAUUUGAAACAACAUGUGCAACAAAUACAAGAGUUACAAAGUAUUGAGUUACGUUUGCCGCAGAAUAAACCAUGGACUAAUAGUGAGAGUAAUCGCAGUCAACCGGCUAUUGGAUUAAAACAUACACCCAAAUCUAGGCCGACAAUAUUUGGUACAGUGACAUCAGACCAUACUCCAAAAGAUGGCGCUAAUCGACGGAGUCUGCCACAAACACCACAAAGCAGUAAAAAUUUCUCAGCGUUAUAUAGCACAAGCGGUGAAAAUGGUGCCAAUACAAAUAUUGAAAAUAUAUCAGAUUCAGAGAUUUCAGCGGACAAUGCUUUGGUAUAUCGUGAUGGUAAUUUAAUAUCAGGACCAUUAGAAGCAUUAAUAUUACAUAUGGUACCAACAAAUUCAUAUUAUCCAGAUCGUGCAUAUUUAUUUGCAUUUCUAUUAAGUUCACGGCUGUAUAUUAAACCACAUGAAUUAUUAGCAAAAGUUUGUACAUUAUGUUGCACUCAACAACAGUUGCCAGAAAAUUAUCUAAUUACACCCAGUGAUCAACAUGCUUUAGAAAGACCACCGCCAUCAUUUACCGAAGGACAUACUGAUGCAAAUUCAUUACAAUUCACAACAUAUUUAAUACAAUUAUUAACAGAAUGGACAGAAACAUUUCCAUACGAUUUUAGAGAUGAACGUGUUAUGCAACACGUAUUUAACAUUACCCAAAAAUGUGUACAUUUAAAUAAUUCAUUACGUUCAAAUGUAUCAAGUUUAUUACAAAAUUUAUUGCAACGAUUAACAACUUUAGAAAAUUAUGAAGAAUUCUUACAAAAAUUAAGUACUUCGGAACAAGAAUUAGAUCCAAAUGCUGAUAUUACAGAAAUAUGUCCGAGUGCAGCAACAUUAGCACAACAAUUAACACAUAUUGAAUUGGAACGAUUAUCGUAUAUUGGUCCAGAAGAAUUUGUACAAGCAUUUGCUAAAGAAAAUCCACAUUUAGAGACUUCGUUUAAGGAUAUGAAGAAAACACGAAAUUUGGAGUCAUAUGUACAAUGGUUUAAUCGUUUAAGUUAUUUUGUUGCCACCGAAGUUUCAAAGUACCCAAAGAAAAAAUUACGUGUCAAAGUAGUAGAAUAUUGGAUUGAAACAGCAAAAGAAUGUUUUAAUAUUGGCAAUUUCAAUUCAUUAAUGGCGAUUAUUGCUGGUUUAAAUAUGUCACCGAUUUCACGAUUAAAAAAGACUUGGAGUAAAAUCCAGUCUGGUAAAUUUUCAAUAUUAGAACAUCAAAUGGACCCUAGUAGUAAUUUCUCAAGUUAUCGUUCAACAUUAAAAGCAGCUAUGUGGAGAUCGGCUGGAGCCCGUGAUGAAAGACAAAGGAUUGUGAUACCAUUCUUUAGUUUACUUGUAAAAGAUUUAUAUUUUUUGAAUGAAGGAUGUUCAAACAAGUUACCAAAUGGCCAUAUAAACUUUGAGAAAUUUUGGCAAUUAGCAAAACAAGUAACAGAAUUUAUGGCAUGGAAACAAGUAACAUGUCCAUUUGAGAAGAACGCAAGGGUAAUAACAUUAUUACAAACCAGUGCAAUAUUAAGUGAAAAUUCGUUAGCAUUGGCAAGUUUUGAAUGUGAACCACCCGAAAAUAAUCAAGAACGUGAACGGUAUAAAAGUCUUAAAUCAGAAAACUUUGGGGGUGUACAAAUUCAUUUUAUGUGGUAUGUAAAUCUAGCAACAAAUUAA